GCGACCAGCCCCUUGCUUGCGACUUGCGAUAGCCUCAAGCGAUAACACGAGAGAUGAGAGUGGCGCUUCCCUUGCCCCCACUUGACCGGCGUCUGCGUCUAUCUUGGCUCGGCUGCCAGUGCCAGUAUACAAUCUUGUCUUUCGUUCAAACACGACGAAGAAAAUGUCUUUCGUUCCAGUAGCCGACGGUUGUCACUUCACCUAUGCAAACUUGCCGUAUGGAAUAUUUUCCACGCCUACGAACAAACAGCCUAGGCCUGGAGUGGCCAUUGGUGAAUAUGUACUGGACCUAAGUGUUGUUAAGUCCUUUCUUCACGGGUCCAUACUCCGGACUAACCAGCAUGUCUUCGAAGAGUCGACACUCAAUGCUUUUAUGGCGCUUGGGCCAGCAUGGUUGGAAGCAAGAAAGGUCAUACAGAAGCUACUGUCCAAGGAUGAACCUGUGCUUCGUGAUGAUAUUGCACUCAAGGGAAAAGCACUAGUCCCAAUGUCACAGACAACAAUGCACUUACCCGCAAAAAUUGGUGACUACACUGACUUCUACUCAUCCCUGGAGCAUGCCACGAAUGUUGGCACAAUGUUUCGUGGAAAGGACAAUGCUCUCAUGCCAAACUGGAAAUACCUGCCCGUCGGUUACCACGGGCGUGCAUCUUCGGUAGUUGUGUCUGGCACCCCCAUUCGCAGACCCAAUGGGCAAACUAGACCAGAUGAUACUAAGCCACCAACAUUUGGGCCAUGCAAGUUGAUGGACUUUGAGCUGGAAAUGGGAUUUUUCGUUGGUCCAGCUUCAUCCCUGGGAGAUCCUAUUCCCAUUGAAAAGGCCCAUGACCAUAUUUUUGGUAUGGUUCUCAUGAAUGACUGGAGCGCAAGAGACAUCCAAAAGUAAUAUGUCCCCCUAGGCCCCUUCCUGGCUAAAAACCGCACAACUAUCAGCCCAUGGGUCGUAACUAUGGAAGCCCUAGAGCCAUUCAAGUGCUCAAAUGUUGCACAGGAUCCAGCUCCAUUCCCAUACCUACUUCACACUGACCAGUUCAACUUUGACAUCAAUUUAGAGGUGGCCAUCAAGCCUAAAGAUGCCCAAGAAGCCAGUACAUUUGCAAAGUCUAACUUUAAGUACAUGUACUGGACAAUGAAGCAACAGCUGGCACACCACAGUAUCACUGGGUGCAACUUGCAGCCUGGAGAUCUGUUGGGUUCUGGCACUAUAAGUGGCCCCAGUAAGUUCCAUGCAGGGACCAGCAACCACUUGCUAGGGAUAAUCGCUUAUUUUCCUUCUCAGACUGAAGAUUCUUAUGGCUCGAUGUUGGAACUCUGCUGGGAAGGGAACUAAACCAUCCAACUAAAAGCUGGAGAUAAGACAUUCCUAAAAGAUGGUGAUGAAGUGAUCAUGACUGGUUACUGUCAAGAUCGCCAGAUUGGUUUUGGAGAAUGCAAGGUAUCUUGUUGCUGCCAUCAGUAGAAACAGUUAAGACAU